AUGGUUGAAAUCGACCUUACUCCAGAACAGCUCUAUUUUUACUCAUAUUCAUUCUCAUUCUGUUACGGUCCAUAUCUAUAUGAUUUUAAAUAUGACUCUCAUCCAUCACUGAACAUUCGUGGAAAUAUUAUUGUUAAUUUGCCUGAAUUCAAUGAAGCGUUUAAUUGCCCCGAAAACAGUAGAAUGAUGAAAUCCCAAACGGAAGAAUGCAUUAUAUUUGGACCAGAUGCUCCUCAGACGAAAUUUUUAAAUUGA